UGAUCGAUCGGCUCCGAUCAGCUGGGAGGGAAAUCUGAUCUGAUCUGAUCUGGGAUGCAGAUCAGGUUUAUAUUCAUGUUCAGCAAAACGACAGAAACAGUUUCUGUCAUUUUGGAGUUUCUAAUUGUCUCAUUAGGCUGUCCCUGGAGGAGGCCGCAGCCUGGCGGCGAAGCGGAGACGCUCGGCGAGCUCAGGCUGCAGCCCUGCGUCCUGCAGCUCUGCCGGUUCUUCUCCCAGUGCCUCUGCAGGCCGCUGAGCCGGACGCCGCCGACGGUCACCAAAAGAUACUGUGAUGACAGCUUCCUGUGGUAUGAAGAGCAGACGUUCGAGGUCUGUCGAAGAGUCAGGAGAGUUUCCUUCUCCAGAAAUCUGAAACAGAGAUGCUUGUCCAAGAUGUGCAACAAACUGUGACCCGACAGGAAGCGGCGGAAACAAAGAGCCGUUCAUCUUCCCAACAACAGCUGGAAGCUGCUGGGGAAUCAAAAACAGGAACAGUUUUCACUUUUUAUCUGGAUUUUAAUCACUAAUCUGACAAGCAUCAUAUAUAUAAAACCUUUAUUUAAAGAGAAGAUAGUUUUAAAACAUCAGUGUUUAUCGGUUGCCCUGUUUACAGUUUGUUUAAAAAAUAAAACAGGUUGAUGAAUGUAAACUUUAAUCCACUUUUAAAUGUUUGUAUUCUUCAUGUUUAAAAAGUAAAUGGCUGUUAUGAAAUCAUGAAUAAGAAAAAUGACGGUUUUUUACUAUUAAUGUGAUAAACAUCCUGAAAACUUCAGAUUUCAGAAGGAAAUAAACAUUUUAGAAGAAAAUUAGGUUUUUGUUAAGAAUUUGGAGUCACAUCAGUUUGUUGCUCUGCAUGUUCAUCAGCUCCAAUGUUUUCACAGGAUUUUCCUGUUUUAACGUCUUUGCAGGAUUUUACCCAAAAGAGGCAAAAACUUUCAUCUGUAGAAAACAAGCAGAGAAACAAUCAGCAGCUGCAGGAUGAACAGGAGAGAAAAUCUCAGCCAGGAAACCGUAGAAGAUUUUUUUAAACAAACCUCAAACCUUCAGAUCCAUAAACUGAACCAGUUUUAAUUCCUCCUGAGUUCCAGGAAGUCGCUGCUGUUUUCAUUUGCAUGUUGAUAAUCUGGCUUUUAAUUCAUAAAGAUGCUUGUUUAGUAAC